AUGUCGUCCACCACCUCGCCGCGGGCGCCCGGUGUCUCCGGCGAAGUUCCUCCUCCGCACGUCGUGGAGGACUGCCUCGGGCUCGUCCAGCUCCUGAGCGACGGCACCGUCAAGCGCGCUCCGGCCACGCUCGUCCUCCCUAACGACGCGCCGCCGCCCGAUGACGCACCAGACGCAGUCCGAUGGAAGGACGUCGUCUACGACGAGGCCCGCAACCUGAGCCUGCGCAUGUACGUGCCGUCCGCCGGCGGAGCGGGGGACUGCGGCGCCGAGACGAAGCUCCCGGUGCUGGUCUACUUCCACGGCGGCGGCUUCAUCAUCGGCAGCUUCGCCUCGCCGGAGUUCCACGCAGUGUGCCUCCGCCUCGCCGCCUCGCUCCCCGCCGUCGUGCUCUCCGCCGACUACCGCCUGGCCCCGGAGCACCGCCUCCCCGCGGCGGUCGAGGACGCGGACACCCUCCUCUCCUGGCUCGGCGGCCAGACCGAUCCGUGGCUGGCCGACGCGGCGGACCUGGGCCGCGUGUUCGUGUCGGGCGACUCGGCGGGCGCCAACAUGGCGCACCACGCCGCCGCCCGCGCCGGCGCCGCGUCGGGACGGCGCCUAAGCCUGGCCGGGUGCGUGCUGCUGUGGCCCUACUUCGGCGGCGAGCGGCGGACGGCGUCCGAGGCCACCUGCCCUGGCGACGUGUUCCUGACGCUCCCGCUGUACGACCAGAUGUGGCGCCUGGCGCUGCCGGCGGGGGCGACGAGGGAUCACCCGGCCGCGAACCCGUUCGGGCCGGAGGAGGCAGCGGGCGGUCCGGGCGGCCCCGCCCCCGGCGAGCUCCCGGCGAUGCUCGUGGCGGCCGGGGACCGCGACAUGCUGAUCGACCGCGUCAGGGAGUACGUGGCGCGGGUGCAGGCGGCCGCCGCGGGGAACAAUAACAGGCGCGUCGACCUCGUCGAGUUCCCGGGGGCGGGACACGGGUUCGCCAUCUUCGAGCCGGACGGCGAGGCGGCGGGCGAGCUGGUCCGCGUCCUACGGCGGUUCGUGCAUGGCGGGGACGGCGCCGCCUCCCCGGCGCCGCGCAGCGUCUGA